GUUCCAUCCAGAGUAACCUAGGCAGGGAGGCAAAUAACCCACACAUUCCUGCUCAAGGCAGAGAGCAUAGACAGCACCACCCAGGCACACCUCACCAAGCAAGAAGACCAAGUAGCCUGGCUUGCUGGUGGAGGGGCACAUCUUCAAAGACCUCCCCCUCCCACCCACUUCUUUUCAGAUGCCCAUGGCACCACGAGUCCUGUUCCUCUGCCUGCUGGGCCUGGCCGUCACUGAAGGCCAGGAUCGGGAGCCAGCCAUCCCAGGCUGCCACUUGCACCCCUUCAACGUGACAGUGCGAAGUGACCGCCAUGGCACCUGCCAGGGCUCCCAUGUGGCACAGGCGUGUGUAGGACACUGUGAGUCUAGUGCCUUCCCUUCUCGGUACUCUGUGCUGGUGGCUAGUGGCUAUCGGCACAACAUCACCUCUGUCUCUCAGUGCUGCACCAUCAGCAGUCUGAAAAAGGUGAGGGUGAGGCUGCACUGUGUGGGGGACCAGCGUGGGGAGCUUGAGAUCUUCACCGCCAGGGCCUGCCAGUGUGAUAUGUGCCGUCUCUCCCGCUACUAGUCCUUGAAGGGCUCAGGCUCCAGUGCUGCCAUUGAAUGAGGGUUCUGCUUCAGCUCUGACCCUCUCUAGAGUCUGUGAAGAUUGGGUUCCACCUCCUUCUACCUGGCCUUCUGAGCAGUCUC